GACAUUUGAAAACUGUCAGAAUUGAAAAGCUCAAUUAUUUAAUGUCAUACAUUGCUACAGGAAAAAAACUUGAAAAUUUUAAGACGGGCAUAGAAAUAAUAAAUAAAAUAGUUAUAUAGCCAAUACGAACUUGUAAGCGGAGAUGAAACUGAAAAUUGAAAGAGGCUCAACAGUUAGGGUAUUCGCGAAGAAAAUCUAAACGACAAGUUAAAGAAUAUUCGUAUGUGACAUUGAUACAAUUAUAUUUCUGUAAGAUUAAAAAACAUAGUUUUAAGUCAGUGAUUUUUAUACAAGCAAAAUCAUGUUUGGCUUCGACGGAGAUUAUAGACGUCGUCCUGUACAAAGUUUAGGCGGAGCUUCCCAAUCAUGUGAUCGUGAGACUAUUAUACGUAAGGCUCAGCAAGAACGACAGAAACGCAAUGAACUACGUAGACAGAACAAUGGCGCAAUUGUGCUGCAAUCGUAUACACGCUCCUUCAUUCAUAGACAACGUCGCAAGCGGUUGGAGCGUGAAGCUUUCGACGAGUUUUUACGUACUCACCGUGAUCGUGUUAUUGAAGAUGAAUGCUUGGGAUACCUACUAAGGCGACUGCUUUUCUUUUAUACUAGUAGAGAAAGCAAAGAUGGCGAACGUUUGAUUGAAGUUUGCCAGCAAAUAAUACGUCAGCCCGAACGUCUACUUAGAAACUCCAGCACAGAGUUCAUUUGGUUAUAUCGUCUAAAAAAAUUACUUGACGUUUGCUUAACGCAAAUGACACUGCCACAAACCUCACCGGCCAUACCGCUACGUAUGUUGGAGGUGUUUACAGCAACGUCAGUACUCGAACGGUAUAUGGAAGAUGAAACUCGUGUACAGGCCUAUUUGAAAGUAGUUUUCAAGUUUCUUGUGAAUCAUGAGUAUUUCGUACGCCUCCGGCAGUUAAUGGAAACAAAAUGUCCACCGCUGGAUGGCGAGACCUUACAUGCACCCAGCCCAUUUGCUGAUGCUAUCUUCCAAUUGAUGUUACGUCCUUUGUUAUUGAAGGACGAAAUGUUUGGCAUUUACGAAGAAUUUUGUAAACACAUACUCGCUAAACCCUUUACGGACCCCAUACGAAAUUAUGUGCUCCCCUCUUUGGCGGAGUGCGCGGAUUUUCCAUUUUCUAAGUUAAUAAGAACUCUACAUCGUUUGACCACAAAUCCUCAGACAGAAAAAAUGCAAGUAGAUUUAGCACCUGGACCUCAUACAACGUCAACAUCCAACUUCACUGUCACGACGUCUAAAGUUGAAAGUUUAGAAAUUCAGCGUUCAGAAAUAUUCAGCAGCUAUCUGCUUAAUGCAAUUUUAAUACUUGACCGUAAACAUUUAGUUUCUCUAGAUACACAAAACCUAGUUAGUGAUUAUAUUGAAGUCGUUGCUGAGAUGUCCGCAAAAAUAUUGCAAUUACCAAAAUCAACACUCAAACUGUCAGUGGUACACCAUCAACGCACCGACGCCGAAGAGUCAAGCGAUGACGACGAAGAGGAAGAAGAGCAAACUAGACGCAUACAGAAGUCCAGCACCGAUGCGGAUGCGGGACCACAAGCACUUAGUGGCGAAGAACAAAAUGUGCUCAUGGAGUGCGUAAAUUUGCUAAACGACUCACAGCGUGUACGCAUGCUGACUGAGCAAACUGACACAUAUCUGGCUGAUGAGAAGGUGCUACAUGCGUUGUGCGUAAUCUGUCACAAUCUUAUGAUCUACAAUAAGCAAGCCGUAUUUGAAUACAAAUUGCUGUACACACUUGCGUUCAUGCCAAAUGUAGUGCGUGCAAUUUGGUUCACGUUGACAACACAAUCUAGCCAACUGGGUUUCAAUGCACCGCUUUCACUGAUUUCCAAAGGCGUCGUGCCCAAACAAAAUGGUGUGGAGCAGACAAUUCCUUUAUUGGCUACCUUCUGCAUGCUCUUUGGACGGCUAUUGCCUACUUUGCAUGACGCGGAAUUCUGUGAUGAGAAACUGCUGCUGGCGAAAUCACUGCAGUCUUCAUUGGCUAUCGCAACACAUAUUCGGCUAAUGCCAUUCUCUAUUGCUGAAAUUGUACAAUUGUCAAAGACACUGAAAGAAAUAUCGCUGGGUUUGGUAGAUUUAGCUUUUCCGGAGACGCGCUCCAACCUCAAUGAACAUUAUCGCUUUGUAUUGGGGCGUUCGGAAACGGAUGAUAAAAAGAUGUGGCAACAGAAACAGGUCUGGGCGAAUUUGCUGAAAGUUGUUGUAUUUGUAUUGAAUCAAAUACACACGCGAGAUCUGCGUUUGGGAUUCUGCCCUGAAUCACACUGGACAGUGAGCCGUCUAGAUUUACCGCUGGACCGGCCCACCGAUUUGCCCUUAACCCGUGGUAAUCGUACACGUGGCAUACGUCCAUUUCAACCAAUACGCGAUUUUACGCGCGAAGACUUUGAAAAUGGUCCACCCAUGUCCACCAAGCAAAUACGCUCCAUUACGAUAUUGCGUGAAAUUCCCUUUGUUGUGCCAUUCAACAAGCGUGUGGGCAUACUGCAAGGCCUCGUGGCAGCCGAUAAGAUGCGCGUACAGGGCAACUAUCAGGCCUUUCUGCAGGGACCAUCUAUUAUUCUCAAGGUUAGGCGUUCACAUCUGUACGAGGAUGCGUUCGACCGACUGCGUCCCGAAAAUGAACCUGAUUUGCGUUUAAAGUUCCGUGUGCAGUUCAUAUCAUCGCUUGGCUUGGAGGAGGCAGGCAUCGAUGGUGGCGGCGUUUUUCGCGAAUUUCUGUCCGAACUUAUUAAAACGGCAUUUGAUCCGAACAGAGGUUUCUUCAUGGUCACAACGGAUAAUAAGCUGUAUCCCAACCCAGAUGUAGCUGACUUGGAACCUGAUUUUGAAAGGCACUAUUACUUCAUUGGCCGUAUUCUGGGCAAGGCGAUUUAUGAAAAUUUACUCGUCGAAUUGCCAUUGGCAGAAUUUUUCCUAACCAAGCUCGCCGGAAAAUAUGCCGAUGUCGAUAUUCAUCAAUUAGCCUCACUCGACCCGGAGCUCUAUAAGAAUUUGCUAUAUCUGAAGGACUAUGAGGGUGAUGUGAGUGAGCUGAAUUUGGAUUUUACUGUAGCCAGUAAUUCCUUGGGUCACACACAAGUGAUUGAGUUGAAGCCGAAUGGUCAGAGCAUACCGGUAACUGCAUCCAAUCGCAUUGAGUACCUGCAGUUGAUGGCCGAUUACAAGUUGAAUGUGCAGAUACGAAAGCAUUGUGUAGCGUUUAGAAGAGGCCUCUCCAAUGUAUUGCCCGUCGAAUGGCUGUACAUGUUCAGUAACAAGGAACUGCAAAUACUUAUAUCUGGUGCUGAAAUCCCCAUUGAUUUGGAUGAUUUGAAGAAACACUGCAAAUAUGGUGGAGAAUAUAGCCUUGAGCACCCGUCUAUUGUAUUAUUCUGGUCGGUUUUGGAGAGCUUCAACGAUCUGCAACGCAGACAAUUGCUCAAAUUUGUCACAAGUUGCUCUAGGCCACCACUGCUGGGAUUCAAGGAUUUGGAUCCACCGUUUUUCAUACAAAACGCCGGUGACAUGGAGCGCUUGCCGACGGCGAGUACUUGCACGAACCUGCUCAAAUUGCCGCCAUUCAAAACGGAGGAACAAAUGCGCGAAAAGCUGCUGUAUGCCAUACAAUCGGGUGUGGGCUUCGAAUUGAGUUAAAUGGCUGUUUAUUUGGUUUCUUUGUGGUAGAUGUCGGAAAUUAUAUACAUAACUUUUUAAUUGUAGGCUAAUAUGAACGCAACUAACUGCAUGAUUUCAGUUUCUUAAAAAUGUGUAAGAACACAAUUAAUCAGUAGUAGUGUGUGCAAGGUGCAGUGAAUAGAAUUACGCUAUAAAUUAAAUGAAGAUAAAUUGGUCGGUAACACAUACUGGCCCAUAGUGAAUUUGAAUUGUUGCAGUGUGUAUAAGCGAAACGGAAUAUAAUAAAAUAGCAUUCCUUUAAAUUUGGAUUUGAUAAAUGUUUACAUGAAAUUCUUAUAUGAAUCAUAAGAAGAUAAAUUUAAAACGGUUAUGAUUUCAAUAAAUAGCACAUUGUUGUUAUAAA